AUGAUAGAAAUGUCAAACCAAUCAUUAGGGACAUUAAGAGAAAUUAUAUUAAUAAUGAUUGAGUCAAUGAAAAAUAAUAUUGAACAAUUACCUAAAGAAUAUUGUUCAAUAUUAAAAUAUAUUAUUGAACAUGAAACUGCUAAUUUAAAUAAACAAGAAAUUCAAAUAAUAUAUGAAGAAUUAUUUGCUGUUUUUAUUCAACAAAGUAUCGUCCCUUUUCUUCAAAAUGAAGUUUUACUUAGAAAAAUGUAUAAAAAAGAAUUAAUUGAUCAAAAUAUUAAUAAAAUUAAAUUCAUCGCUGAAACAUUUAAAACUUUCCAAUUUAAAUCUAAUGAAAGUUAUGUUUUAUUACUUAGAAAUUGUAUUGAUGAAAAUGGACUUUCUGAAUUAUUUAAUAACAUUAUUAAUCAAGCUGAAAUUAUUCAACAUCCUAAACCUUUUGAACAAUUAAAUAAUUUGAUUUUAUUACUUCAUUCUUCUAUAUUACCAAUUAAAAGAAAUUUAAGUCAUGAAGUGUCUGCUAAAUUAUUAAAAGCUUUGGAAAUACCUGCUUGUUGUUAUGAUGACUUUUUAGUUUAUAAUAAAUUAAUUCAAAAUAUAGCAAAUUUUACUAUGAAUUAUUAUCAUUGCUUUAGAGAAACUUUAGACAAAGCAGAAGCACAGUCUAAAGAAUUAGAAGAAAUUAAAUCACAAAUUGAAAACGCUAAAAAAGAAUUAAAAUCUAAAAAAUUAAAAAAUUGUAAUCUUCAGAUUAGACUUGAUGACUUGAAAAGUAAAAACGAACAAGAUGAUGAAAUGGAUGUAAUGAGUUUCUUGCGUGAGAUGGCUAAAGAAAAACAGGAAAACCAACGUCUUGUUGAAGUGCAUACAAAAGAAAAGAAAGAUAAAAAACAUUCUGAUAAAAAGAAAGAAAAACGAAAGUCGUUUGUUAAAGAUGAUGAAAUUCCUGUUGCUCGUUCAUUGUCUUCUUUUGAAUGUAAAGAUAGUGAUAAAAAUUCUUAUUAUAAAAGAGAAAGUUGUGCAUCUGUUUGUAUUAGUAGUGAAUAUGAAGAAAAGAAAAAGAACAGGUUAUCUAGAUCAUUUUUAGGAUUUUUCGAUAAGAAAAAGAAAGAAAAGAAAAGUGGUGAUGAAAGUGGCUGUGAUAGUAGUGCAUUAGAUUCUAGUGAAACUGUAUAUCCUGUUAGUGUUUCUGCAAAUACUCCAUCUCUCAGAUCAAACGUUCAUUUAUAA